AAGCCAACGACACCACUGGACAAGUGGAGAAGUCUGGAGAAGUGGGGAAAGCACCGGUCAUACUCUUAUCCUUAAUGUUGAUUACCCAUUCUUUCUCAAAUUCUUGAAUUGCUUGAACAAAAAUGGCAUUGCGAAUUAACCGCUGUCGUUUUCUUCAUUCCGCUCGUGUCGGAGAAGGUCGUUUGAUCAGAGCGGGCACAGCUCGAGCAUUCACAUCAGCAUGUUUACGCAUGAAGGAUGUGGUUUCAGAGGAUAUUCCAAACUUGCGACACGCUCAGAGAUCUGCUUCUGGAAUUGUUCAUGAGCCCAUUGUUAACCCAGCCGAUAAAUAUCAAGCUCAGUCGGCCAACCUUCACAAAUACGGCCAAUAUCUGAUGUCGUGUUUGCCCAAAUAUAUUCAACAAUUCUCCGUUUGGAAGGACGAGCUCACUAUUUACAUUCCCCCUGCGGGUGUGAUUCCAGUCUUCAACUUUCUCAAAUACCACACUGCGGCCGAGUAUACACAAGUCUCUGAUAUCACGGCCGUGGACUAUCCCACUCGUGACCAGCGCUUCGAGGUUGUGUACAAUCUCCUCAGCGUCCGCCACAACUCACGUAUUCGAGUGAAAACUUACGCAGAUGAGGCUACUCCGGUCCCCAGUAUCACCGAUCUCUACGAUGGCGCCAAUUGGUAUGAAAGAGAAGUCUACGAUCUAUUCGGCGUCUUCUUUGUCGGCCAUCCGGAUCUCAGACGUAUCAUGACUGACUAUGGGUUUGACGGUCAUCCCCUGCGAAAAGACUUUCCAUUGACCGGAUACACGGAGAUCAGAUAUGAUGAAGAGAAGAAAAGAAUUGUUGUUGAGCCAUUGGAAUUGACACAGGCGUUCCGCAAUUUUGAGGGCGGUAGCAGCACAUGGGAACAGGUCGGGCCUGGUAAAGAUCGCAAGCCCGAUGAGGUUAGUCAGUAAUCCCAAUAUCGCGAUACGUCUAUACUAAUCUUGCAAUCAGUUCAAAUUGCCAACCCCAAAACCCGAAGAGAAGAAGGAAGAUCAGAAGAAAUAACAAUAUUUAGCGUCAGGGCGUAAUCACUUAGGCACAUAC